AUUAGUGUAGAUUGGAGAGAGUAAGCAAAAGACAGAAUAGAUUAGAAAUAAAUUUGUCGGUUGAUAAAUUUCGUAAUGCGCACUUAUAUAUGGAUCUUUUCAGGUUUAAUUUGCGACCUAUCGCCGGUAGCUAUAAUCAUGAUGCCAAGCUUACGGAAGAAAGUUGCCGGCUUCAUGCGCCAACUGUCUAUCAGCAACUUAGCUGGGGCUGUGGAAAGUAUAGGCCUUGGAGAACAGUCGCUGCGGAGCCCGCAGUCAUUGACUCAGGAUUUCCCUGGCGGUUGUUUCAUCACGCGCUACCUCAAUGGACUGGAAACGAAACAAGAAGGACCGUCAAUUUUACACGGCCGGAAUCCGGAAGAAUUGCCGAGCAGGCAGAUCGACGUUCAAGAAAACGAGGAAGUAUUUGCGGCCUACACCGGUCCCGACAGCGGUCUCACCGCGGUCAAUCUUCAACAGAAACAUUUAAGUAUUAGCGAUACCGAUAUCGAUUACAUCGAUAUGCUGGAUCAGAAUGAGCAAUAUAGAAGCGGCUCGACGACAUCGAACGUCACGAUUGCUGGAGUUGCCGAUUGGUUUAAUCCUCAUGAAAAUGCAUUUGGAAUUGCGACUACGCUAUAUGAGAAAAAUCCUACAAACGACACCAACAAUGGAGAGCCGAUAGCCGAUUGUGCGAAAGCGAGUAUAGCGGCCAGAUCUGCGGUUCAUGGUAGCAUAGAGUAUUUGAAUCGAGCUUUGUUCUGCCCGUCUAUAAAUGGUGAAAUGACAACGACGAAAGACGUAUUUAUAGCGUUACUUCGAUCAUUCCACGCGGCACAUUCGUUGAUUCUUCAGGAGCAAGGGAUGCUCACUACCUUAACAGUGUGCACAAUCCUUCCACUGCCAAGUUCAAAUACGGAUACAAAUAUAUGCCAGAGAAAAUACAUUGCCUGUACCUGCAACGUUGGUGAUAGUUUAGCUUACGUAUAUUCAGGGAAAACCGGGGUGAGAGAGAUAACGCGAGGAUCUCACGAUAUUCAUUGCAUGCGAGACAUGCGAGAUGCCUUAGGAGCCCUAGGUCCGGUGGACGGCUCUAAUCCCGAAUUGAAUAACCUAACGCUGGCUAUAACGGAGGUCGAGAGAGGUGACAUAGUGUUUCUCACCAGUGACGGAAUUUCCGAUAAUUUCGACCCUGUGGUGGGAAAAUUU